AUGCCUUCGUCAUCAAAGAAGUCUUCAUCGAGAUCAAAGAAAUCAAGUCGUUCAAAACAUGGGACUUCUAGUUCGCGUCACAGGGAAAACCGAGAUCAAACUGAUGCAAUUCCUAUCGCAGAAAGUCACCAAGAUCUUCCAAUUGUAGAGAGCCAACCAGUUGUAGAAAGCUAUGGAAACGUGAAUCCGGAACCUGUGUUUGACGAGCAACACUACUCGCUGCUCCAGAAGCAAGGUUUCAGCUCAGGUCUUGCAAAAGCUCUCGCAACAAACGCGUCCUCGUUUUAUCAGCGAGUUUGGAUUGUCGACAAUUCAGGUUCGAUGCAAAUCGGGGAUGGGCACCGAAUAAAUACUGUCGGGGGAGUUAUUGAGAUGAAACCGGUAUCAAGGUGGGAAGAGAUACAGGACACUGUCAUCUACCAUAGUCAAAUGGCGGCGUUGCUGGGUUCCUUCACAAAAUUUAGGCUUCUGAAUAUGCCAGGGAAGUCAGUUGGGGUGCAGGAGUUCUCUGUGGGUAUGUAUGGGAAUGAUGUUGAGAGCGAGCUUCGAAACGCUCGUAUGGUAAUCAAUCGAACAAAGCCUGAUGGUGUCACUCCACUGACACGGCAUAUUUUUGAGAUUCAUUCAGAGAUUAGAUCGAUGCUUCCAGAGCUUCAUCGGACCGGGAGAAAGGUCGCUGUUGUAAUCGCUACUGAUGGGUUACCUACGGAUGAUCAAGGCAAUGGAGGUGAAGAAAUCACUCAUGAGUUCGUUCGGGCGCUACGUGGGCUCGAAGGAUUGCCAAUAUGGCUGGUAAUUCGCUUGUGUACCGACGAGGACGACGUGACUGACUUUUACAAUAACCUGGAUGGAAAACUAGAGUUGAGUUUGGAAGUGCUUGACGACUUCAUGGGAGAAGCCAAAGAAGUUUCCAAAAAGAAUCCUUGGUUGAAUUAUGCAAUUCCAAUGCACCGAUGUCGAGAGCUGGGAUAUCAUGAUCGGCUGUUCGACUUGAUUGACGAAAGACCCCUGACUAAAGGAGAACUCCGAGAUUUCUGCGUUUUGCUCUUUGGGACUCAGUAUGAAGAAAUUCCUGAUCCCUUGUCUGCCUGGAAGGAGUUCAUCUCUUAUGUUGAAAGCCGCUUGAGAAAGGAGAAAGAUCAGUGGAGCCCAAUCAAGAAGAAACUGAUCCCAUGGAUCAACGUGAAGAAACUCAAGAAGAUCCAUGGCGGUUCAGCUUGUGUCAUCCAGUGA